CGCCCCCUCGGCUGGCCGCCAUCUUGUUGUUGAUCCUACCCAGUGGGCAGCGCCGGGAGCUGGACCGAGCGGCCGGUGCGGGGCCGCUGCUGCGGGGCUCGGCUGCCUGCGCUGCCUGCCGGGGGCGGGCCGAGAGCUGGAGGCCCGGCGGGCCCAGCUCCCGCGGGGAGCCGCGGGCGCCCGCUGCCCGGGCCGGGCCGACGCUGACCUGCGCUCCGCGCCCGCCCGCAGGGCCUCCGCCCAGCUCCCCUGCGGUGGCCCAUGAGCUGCACCCUCUGCCCCCGGCGCGGCGGGCCCCCAACGCGAUGUGUGUUUGUGGAGCCAUGGAAGUGGGACAGUACGGCAAGAGUGCGGGCCUGGCCGGCGACCGCGGGGUGCUCCUGGAGCCCUUCAUCCACCAGGUGGGCGGCCACAGCAGCAUGAUGCGCUACGACGACCACACGGUGUGCAAGCCGCUCAUCUCCCGCGAGCAGCGCUUCUACGAGUCCCUCCCGCCCGAGAUGAAGGAGUUCACCCCGGAGUACAAAGGAGUGGUGUCCGUCUGCUUUGAGGGGGACAGUGACGGUUACAUCAACUUAGUGGCCUACCCUUACGUGGAGAGCGAGGUGGUGGAGCAGGACGACACGCCGGAGCGGGAGCAGCCGCGGCGCAAGCACUCCCGCCGCAGCCUGCACCGGUCCGGCAGCGGCAGCGACCACAAGGAGGAGAAGGCCGGCCUGCCCUUCGAGCCCACCGAGAGCUCCCAGGAGGCCAAGAGCCCGAAGGUGGAACUGCACAGCCACUCGGACGUCCCUUUCCAGAUGCUGGACAGCAACAGCGGCCUGAGCUCCGAGAAGAUCAGCCACAACCCCUGGAGCCUGCGCUGCCACAAGCAGCAGCUGAGCCGCAUGCGCUCCGAGUCCAAGGACCGGAAGCUCUACAAGUUCCUGCUGCUGGAGAACGUGGUGCACCACUUCAAGUGCCCAUGCGUGCUGGACCUGAAGAUGGGCACCCGGCAGCACGGCGACGACGCGUCCGCUGAGAAGGCUGCCCGGCAGAUGCGCAAGUGCGAGCAGAGCACGUCGGCCUCGCUGGGCGUCAGGGUCUGUGGCAUGCAGGUGUACCAGCUGGACACGGGGCAUUACCUCUGCAGGAACAAGUACUAUGGCCGGGGGCUCUCCAUCGAAGGCUUCCGCAACGCCCUCUACCAGUACCUGCACAACGGCCUGGACCUGCGGCGCGACCUCUUUGAGCCCAUCCUGAGCAAACUGCGGGGCCUGAAGGCCGUGCUGGAGCGGCAGGCCUCCUACCGCUUCUACUCCAGCUCCCUGCUCGUCAUCUACGACGGCAAGGAGUGCUGGCCCGAGGCCAGCCUGGACCGCCGCGCCGAGAUGCGUCUCAAGAGCCUGGACCCGGGGCCGCCCGAGGUGGGGCCGCCCUGCUGCCCUAGCACCAGCCCGGGCAGCCCCAGCAGCACCAGCCUCGAGAGCGUGUCCUCCCCCAAGGUGGACGUCCGCAUGAUCGACUUUGCACACAGCACAUUCAAGGGCUUCCGGGACGACCCCACCGUGCACGACGGGCCCGACCGAGGCUACGUGUUCGGCCUGGAGAACCUCAUCAGCAUCAUGGAGCAGAUGCGGGACGAGAACCAGUAGGCCCGCGCGGCCCAGACCCCUCCCUCUCCACCCGCAGGCAGGGACCAUUGAUCUGAACUCGCCGUGAGGACACACAGACUUGCUUUUAAAGGGUUAUAUUUCUCUUGGGUAUAAACUAAAAGAAAUGUUUU